AUGAAACGUGAGAAUACGUCUGAACAUAUAUCCAUCUUUGGAUAUAUCAAUCAUCUAUAUCAUUAUGUGCUGAAUCUCAAGAUUUUCGAUCAGGUGUUGCCAAAAAAGAAGGAAGCAAUAAUAACAACAAGUAAUACAACAAAGCAAACAAAUGAACAACAACUUAAAGUUAAAGAAUCUACAAAUAAUGAAACAUCAAUAGAUCUUUUCCCAAAGAGAAUUAAUUAUCAACAAGAUUUAUUAUCAAAUUCCACAGCAAAACCAUGUUCAAUGGAAGUUUCCAAAUUAAAUAAAGUUAUAAAUCCAGAUGGUACAAUAACAUGGGAUAUUGAUCCAUCAGAUCAUCAAAAACAAACUUUAAGUAAUAUAACUUCACCAUUUUUAACAUCAACAGGUUCAACAAUCAGUACACAUGAUGAAUUAUCACCAAAUGGUUUAAAAUUUUCAAAUGGUUCAAAAGAUACACCAUCUCCUUAUAAUAUUAAUGAACAAUUCCAUAAAUCUGAUGAAGAUUCAACACAUUCAUUAGAUGAAAUCAUUCCAGAUUUACCUCAUCCUGAUUUUUUCAACAUUUCAGAAGAGGAGAGACAAGAACAAGAGGCUGAAAAAAAACUUCAAGAAGAACAAGAACAAGAAGAUCAAGACUCUCCCUUAUCUGAUCAACAUCAUCCUUCAUCAUCAUCAACCUCGCCUAAAUCAGGGAGUCACAAGAUCUUUACAUGUGAAUAUUGUCAUGCAGAAUUUAGAAUAAGGGGAUACCUAACACGUCAUAUCAAGAAACAUGCAAUUAAUAAAGCUUAUGAAUGUCCCUUUUUCAACCCAACCUCAGAUAAUAAAUGUCAUCCAAAUGGUGGGUUUAGUCGUCGUGAUACAUACAAGACACAUUUAAAAGCUAGACAUUUUAAAUAUCCUCAAGGUACAAGAUCUCAAGAUCGUCCAAAUACCCCAGGGAAAUGUGGAAUGUGUGGUAAGAAUUAUCUAAAUAAUGAAGAUUGGGUUGAACAUCAUAUUGAGAAUGGUGAAUGUGAGAUGUUGCCAAAAGGUUAUGAAGGUCGUGUAAAGAAUUCUAGAAGACGGAAUUAUGAAUUUCCUUCAACAAAUGGUGGUAAUGGUAAUGGUGAUGAUGUUGGGUCUGGACAUAGUAGUGGGAAUGAUGAUAAUUUGAUGAGUCCAAAUACUCAAGAUGGGUCACCACCAAAUGGGUUGAAUCAUAAUAAUUUGUUAUCACAAUUUCAACAUCCUCAACAAGUUAUUGGUGGUGGUAAUAAGAAUGAAAAAAUCAUUUCAAUGGCUCCUGUUGUUGUUGGGAAUGAUUAUGAUGAAAAUGAUGAAUUUUCUUUAGAUACUGAACAAGUUUAUUCAUAUUAUCGUUAUUAA